AUUUGCAGGCCAUGACGCUUUGCAAGCCAUGAAGCAUUAUGGAGCCUCAAGUAAAACAAGUUUUUCAAAGUCUACCAAAAUCUGCCUUCAGUGGUGGCUAUUACGGAGGUGGGUUUGAACCCAAAAUGACAAAACGGGAAGCAGCAUUAAUACUAGGUGUAAGCCCUACUGCCAAUAAGGGAAAAAUAAGAGAUGCUCAUCAACGAAUUAUGCUUUUAAAUCACCCAGACAAGGGAGGAUCUCCUUAUAUAGCAGCCAAAAUCAAUGAAGAUAAAGAUUUACUAGAAGGUCAAGCUAAAAAAAAUGAAGUAAAUAUAUGAUGAAUUUUAAGUUCUUACUCAUUUAUGUAUAUGAGUACCAGCUUUUUAUAAUAGAAUGCCUCAAAGCUACACAUUUUAAAAAUUAGCAUAAGCUAAAUCAA